AAAGCAACCACUUUAGGCUCAAAAUGUGUCUUUUGGUCUUCCAUCCAACAGGUUAGACACACUCUCACCCAAAACUGUAUCUACCAAAUCUCUCAAGGUGACACAAACAUUUGGUCUCAGCCUCUGUGUCCCAUUUGGCAGCAUAUGCAUUCCUUUUUGAAUAACACUAAUCCUGGUGAACAAGUUCUUAAUAUUGUCUCUGACCUUUGGCUCGCUAACACUAAAACUUGGAAUCAAAAUAAAAUUACUCAUUUCUUUGGUGAGCAAGCAGCCCAGAUUAUUACACAGGUACAGGUUUCAGAUCUUGAAGAGCCAGAUAUCCUAUGUUGGAAACCAUCAGCAUCUGGAAUCUGCACAGCGAAGGAGGCCUACAAGUACUUGGAGCAGGAAAAUCUCCAGCCAAUUCCAACACAAGGUACAAGAGCUCUGCCCCAAUCCAUUCUCAUUCUUUUGAACAAAAUCUGGAAUCACAAGUUGAUACAGCCAAGGAUAAAAACUUUUGCUUGGAGGUUGCUUAGACAAGCUAUUGCUCAGGAGAGAGAGCUAGUUCAGAUUCAACAGGCUGGACAGGAGGAACAUCAAGAGAGGCACCUUCAGAGAGAAGGUCAACUGAGAGCAACAUGUGCACAGAAUACACCAAGAUCGCUGCAACCAGGUCCUCGCUGCUACACAGAUGCAGUCAUCGCCCUUGACAAUCUAGCAACGGAGCAAAGCAAAGCAGGAGUCGGAGUCUUUGUCCGCAACACUUCGGCAACUACAACUUCCUCAGGUAUAUUCAUUUUUGCACAGGUGACAUACAUCUCCGACAAUCAGCUGCUGGUUACAACUCUUCAAAAGAAAGACAUUAUCACUGCUCCAGGACAUUGGAACUUGAGGCCACACUUAGCUGCUUUCAUGAAAAAUAACAAUGAAACUCAGUUUAGAUAUGGUAAUCUUUCAUAG